AGUUUGGUCCCUAUCUAAUCCCCUUGAUUUGAGACAUUUGACCCCCUCGAACGGCGCCGUACUGGCAUUCGGUAUCGUCACCUCUGCAACAUUUGACCUUCUCCGGUUCUACCCCACCCCAACCAACCGAAAAAUUGUUAAUAAACCCAUUUACUCUUUCCAAUGCACUCUUCUAUUUUUGUUUUUUUUUUCAUUUCUUUUCUCCUCAAAAAACAAGCCUCUUCUGGGUUCUCUCUCUCUUCAUCAAUCCUCUUAAGCCUCAUGGAUUUGCGAAGUUUCAGCUUGAUAUUUCCAGUGAUUCUACUCAUUUUCAACAACCCUUGUUUGGUCUUAUCCGGUGACAUCGUUCAAGUCGACAAUUCAGCUCCCAAGCAACCCGGCUGUUCCAACGACUUCGUUUUGGUAAAAGUUCAAACUUGGGUUGAUGGCACAGAGGCCAGUGAAUUUGUCGGUGUCGGUGCUAGAUUUGGCACUUCAAUUGUAUCCAAGGAGAAAAAUGCUAACCAAACUCGCGUUACUCUUUCAGAUCCUCGUGAUGGUUGUAGUCCACUGGAUGAAAAGCUUGCUGGAGAUGUCCUGGUGGUGGAACGAGGUAACUGCAAAUUCACAACCAAGGCAAGUAAUGCGCAAGCUGCUGGUGCUUCAGCUAUCCUCAUUGUGAAUAACCGGAGAGAGCUUUACAAGAUGGUUUGUGAACCUAAUGACACUGAUUUGGAUAUAAACAUACCUGCUAUCAUGCUCCCACAAGAUGCGGGUACAACCUUGGAGCGGAUGCUGAAUAAGAGUUCAGCAGUGUCUGUGCAGCUAUACUCUCCAAAACGACCAAUGGUGGACAUAGCCGAAGCUUUCUUAUGGCUUAUGGCAGUUGGUACCAUUCUGUGUGCAUCUUAUUGGUCUGCAUGGAGUGCAAGAGAAGCAGCUAUUGAACAGGACAAGCUAUUAAAAGACGCUUCCGAUGAAUCUACCACUACCAGAGAGUUCGGUACAGGUGGUGCGGUGGACAUUAGUGCAACAUCAGCAGUCUUGUUUGUUGUUAUUGCUUCAUGCUUCCUGAUUGUAAUUUACAAAUUCAUGUCCUCCUGGUUGGCUGAACUUUUGGUGGUUCUUUUCGCCAUUGGUGGUGCAGAGGGCUUGCAAACCUGUUUGGUUGCCUUGCUAUCAAGGUGGUGCAAACAUGCUGCAGAAACAUUCAUUAAAGUACCUUUCUUGGGAGCUGUAUCCUAUCUUACAUUGGCUGUUUCUCCAUUCUGCAUUACAUUUGCUGUUGUUUGGGCAGUUUACCGAAAUCUCUACUUUGCCUGGAUAGGUCAAGACAUACUUGGCAUUACGCUGAUACUUACCGUUCUUCAGAUUGUGCGCAUACCUAAUCUGAAGGUGGGUACUGUUCUUCUCAGUUGUGCCUUCUUGUACGACAUAUUUUGGGUGUUUGCCUCGAAGUAUUUGUUCCAUGAAAGUGUGAUGAUUGUGGUGGCUCGCGGUGAUAAAAGUGGAGAGGAUGGUAUCCCGAUGCUACUGAAGUUUCCACGGAUGUUUGAUCCAUGGGGCGGUUACAGCAUCAUAGGCUUUGGUGACAUCCUUUUACCAGGAUUGCUAAUAGCAUUUUCAAUCAGGUAUGAUUGGCUGGCAAAAAGGAAUCUUCGAUCAGGAUACUUUUUGUGGGCAAUGCUUGCUUAUGGAUUAGGUCUUCUUAUUACCUAUGUAGCACUAAACCUGAUGGAUGGUCACGGUCAGCCGGCUUUGCUAUAUAUCGUUCCAUUCACACUCGGGACUUUGGUAACUCUGGGGAGGAAGAGAGGGGAUCUGAAGGUUCUGUGGACGAGAGGCGAACCAGAAAGGGUUUGCACUCAUCAUAUCCAACUCGAACACACCGAAGAACCUAGCCAUGAGAAAUGAGACUGUAUUGUGUUUGCACCGGUAUCCGACUCCGACACACUGAAGAAUCUAGCCAACAGAAAUGAGACUAAUUGCUGUAUUUCUACUGUGUUUUGUGUAGUGUUGUUCAAUGUAACAUCGAUGGUCUGGACUUCUAGUAAAGAACAAGCCUAACGUGGAUUUUACAUGUGAUUUGUUCAAUGAAUUCGUCCCUGACAAAAUUCUAAUCAUGUAUCCACUUUCGCCGUC